GUAAAAGUGCCAGCCACGCAGGCAAUGGCAUUUUCCCGUUCCGACUCAGGCCAGAUUAACUUAAUCCGGCGGCGACCGAUAUAAGAGUAAAGCGGAGCAGUGCCUCGUUUUGUCGCCCUUCUUCAGUUCAGUUUCAGACAUGGAUGGAAAUGGAAGUCUGUUCUUCUUCUUACUGUGUUUGAUGCUUCUUCUUGGCAGAUUUCCAAGCUUUGCCAGUAAAGAGAAAGAGAAGACCCUGGCAAUGAUAAAACCAGAUGGUUUUUCUGGUAACUACACAGGCGAGAUAAAGAGAGUUAUUCUGCGGUCAGGUUUCAGCAUCCUUAAGGAGAAGAUAGUUCAUCUUGACAAGGAGAAUGUGUCAAUAUUUUAUGCUGAGCACUCUAAACGGACUUUCUUUCCUAGCCUUGUGGCAUACAUGACAAGUGGUCCAGUGGUUGUUAUGGUUUUGGAGAAGGUGAAUGCUAUUGCUGAUUGGCGUGCUUUGAUUGGACCAACUGAUGCACAAAAAGCUAAAGUUACACAACCAGACAGUAUCAGAGCCCUCUGUGGGUUGGAUUUGGAAAGAAAUUGUGUUCAUGGUUCAGAUUCUCCUCAAUCUGCUGCAAGGGAGAUUUCAUUUUUCUUUGGGGAGAUGUUAUCAUCAGGAGAAGGUAUCACAAAUCACGAUGAACUAUAGAAGGUACUACUGAAUUCGACCUACCAGAUUACUCUCUCUCUCUCUUCUCUCUCUCUCAAAAAUUGCUUUUACCCUGCUUAAACCUCCCAUUAACUGCCACAGAAGAAUCUAUUCAUCUUAUGUAACAUUUACUGUAACCAGCAUUUUAUUUAUUUAUUUUUCCUGAAAUGAUUAGAGUUGAUCCAUAUUCUGAUCCUAGCUUGUUCUUUUGUGGCUUGAAGAUUUAUCAAUUGCUAUCUCACUUUUAGCUA